CUGGUGCCUCGUGUCGUUGGAAUGUCGAUUCCACGUUCGUCGGAUAUGAAAGCUUGGUCUAUUUUCGCACUGGCUCAUUUCAAGCCCUUCAGCGUAUCACAUCGACUCCUCGGUGGACAUGAGAGCGUCGUAGAAGCAUUCCAGGCAUAUGACUUCUCCCCACGGAGCCGAAAGGUGAUGCUGAAUUGGGAAUCAGUUCAUGAGUGCGAAGAUGAACGAGAC